AUGCAGACCCAUUCAGAAGCAAACACUUUGUGUACUCCUUUACAUCGAAGACAAUCAUCUCGAUUCCUUGUAGAAAAUACUAGCGAUUUAUGUUUAACUCCGUAUUGCAUCAAAGCAGCAAAUUAUCUGAUCGAAAGUAUUGACGAGACAAUCGAUCCAUGUGAAAACUUCUAUGAGUUUGCUUGUGGAAAAUAUAUUAAAAAUGCCAUAAUAUCAUCGGAAAGUAGUGAACAAAGUCCAACAACACAAAUAGCAAAAAACUUAGGGCAUACAUUUGCCGAUUUGUUAUCAUCGUCACCAUCAAAUAGAACAAAGAAGUCCAAAGCAAUUACUAAUGCUCGUCGCUUAUAUAGUUCUUGUAUAGAUGAAGAUACUAUUGAAACAGAAGAUGUCGAUGUAAUAAUGUCAAUGAUCAAUAAAGAGCUUGGAGGUUGGCCUGUCUUGCAAGGCUCGGCCUGGAAUGAAUCAACAUUUGAUUUUGAUCGAUUGAUGCUCAAAUUAAGUCAAUACAAUAACUACAUAUUUUAUACUGUAAACACAGGUGUUGAUGAGACGAAUUCAUCGAUUCGAAGUAUUCAUAUUAGACCCUCUAAACUGAUUUUAGACAUUUUAAAUCACUAUUCCAAAGGAAUAGAGGCUUACCAGUAUUUCUUUAAAAAUUUUACUCUGGCAUUGACCGAUGAUUCAUCAACAAUCGAUGAUGACCUUAUUGCUUUAAUAGGUUUCGAAAUGGACCUUGUCAAAUACAUUGUAUCGCUAGACAAACUAGAUUUGCACGAAACUGUUCAUACAACAGUUGGUAAUCUUUCAAAUACAAUCAGCUUCGAUUCUUCUAACUAUAUUCGUCGCUUGUAUCUGUUUGCUAAUGUCUCUGUCAUCGAUGCAGACAUUGUAAUUGUGGAUGCACCUAAAUUUUUGCAUGGUAUUUCAUCAAUUAUUGAUCGAAAAUCACCGCGUACCAUGCAAAACUAUAUGAUAUGGCGCUUCAUGAUGAAUCGAGCAUGGUAUAUGCCAAAACGAUUUCGAAAUAUUCUAAAACAAUUUCAAGAUGUAGUUUAUGGCACAAGUACUGCCGAGUCACGUACAAUUACAUGUGCUAAUUAUGUCAAUACAAUGAUGAGCUUGACGGUUUCAAAACUCUACAUCGACGAACAUUUCCAUAAAGAUGCUCGAAAAGAGACAACUAAAAUGAUCAACAAUAUUCGAAAGAUCUUUAUCACGAUGGUCAAUCAAUCGACAUGGAUGGAUUCAACAUCGAAAAUCAUAGCGAUUAAAAAAGCUCAAGCUAUUACAGCAAAACUUGGUUAUCCUGAUUAUUUAGAAGGUGAUGAUAUGACGAAACUUGAUAAAAUCUAUGCUGAGUAUAAUUUCAAUUUAUCUUAUAUGCCGAAUGUUUUAAGUGCCAUUCAACUACAUACGAAAGCAAACCUUCAAAUGCUUCGCUAUCCUAUCGAUAGUAAAGAAUGGACUGGUAUCCUUCCCACAAAUGUCAAUGCCAUGCAUAGAUUAUUAGCGAACGAGAUCUUGUUUCCAGCUGCCAUACUUCAAACACCUUUAUUCGACAAAGAUGCACCAAAGUAUCUCAACUAUGGUGGUAUUGGCUUUUUUAUGGGACAUGAGAUUGCACAUGGAUUUGGUGAUGAAGGGAAGCAGUAUGAUCUGAAUGGAAAUAAAGUUUUAUGGUGGAGUAAGGCGACUGACAACGCAUUUGACACACGCAAGAAAUGUUUUAUCGAACAGUACAACAACUAUAAUUUGACUCAAGUCAAUCGUCAAGUAGAUGGAGAACAAACACUAGAUGAAAACAUCGCCGACGAUGCAGCACUUAGACAGGCUUUCUUCGCGUAUCAGCAAUGGGCUAAGACUCAUAAAAAUGUUGACAAGAAACUUCCCGGUUUAACCAAAUAUUCAAUAGAACAAAUGUUCUUUAUGAACUUUGGUCAUACAUGGUGUACGAAAAUGACAAAUGAAGCUGCGCACUUGUAUAUGGACAGAGAUGUGCACUCACCUGAACAAUUUAGCUCUUCCGAUCAUUUUCCUCAUUAA